CCAAAAACUCACCACCAUGGAAAUGCUAGACAAGGAAUUCUGAGGUUCUAAGGAAAAGUUGGCAGAAAACUCGAGUUUCUAAAGGAGAAACAACUUGCGUUUGGCAGAAUUAUUUCUUGAGACAAGGAACUCGAUUCAAAUGAAAUAUUUCGGUCUGUUCUCAAAACACUGCUUUUCUUGUCUUUCGUAGUUUUAAGGUUAUUAUAGAGUUUUAGAAACCAUCCUUACACUCGUUCUUUUGUCUGUAGAUGUUUCCCAAACUUUGGAAAAGCAUUUCUAGUGCGGCUCUCUACAAACCAUUGAGACGCACCUUUGCGACGAAACAAAGCAAACACACAGUAUACGCGCUCUCCACCGCGCCGGGAAAGGCUGCAGUUGCUGUCAUUCGUGUCUCUGGUCCACAAGCUUCAGAGGUAGCUAAAACUCUUUGCGGGAGUGUUCCGAAGCCAAGAAUGGCUACCCUAUUGAGAUUGCUGCAUCCAAAAACGAAAAGACAGAUUGAUCGUGCUCUUGUUCUGUUCUUUCCCGGGCCAGCGUCUUUUACUGGCGAAGACACAAUAGAAUUUCACACGCAUGGAGGGAGCGGAGUUGUGCAGGAGACACUGACUGCCAUUGCUGAAACCCGAUUGCCUGCCUUACGUUACGCUGAGCGUGGUGAGUUUUCUAAGCAGGCAUUUUACAAUGGAAAAAUGGACUUGUUACAGUUGGAAAGUUUGGCCGACGUUAUUGACGCAGAAACUGCCGAGCAGGUUUAUUUGGCAAAUGAAGACAUUGAUACACAGACGCGUAAACGUGUUUCACAAUGGCGGGACACCAUUCUCGAAUGCAGAGCCCUCCUUGAAACGCUUUUAGAUUUUUCUGAAGAGCAUUCAGUGGAGGAGGAUUUCUCGCGUGCCGUACUUGACAAAACACGGAGUUUACUUAACGAUAUGCAUUCUUUUCAAAUUCGCCAGCGUACUCGCGAAGCUUUUCGCUUCGGUACACAAGCUGUUUUGUUCGGUCCAACGAACGCCGGAAAAUCGUCUCUCGUAAACUCAUUAGCACGACGACAGGUAGCCUUGGUGAGCGACGAACCGGGGACCACCCGUGAUGCGCUGCAGGUUCAGCUCAACAUCCACGGGUAUCCCGUUUGGCUCUCAGACACUGCUGGUCUUCGUCAUCACAAUGUCUCGUCUGCCGUCGAGGCCGCUGGUAUCCAACUUGCAAAGCAGCGUACAAAACAAUCACAACUAUUGUUUCUGGUACUUCCCAUGAACGAGUAUCUUCACAACUCUCAGGCUGUCACCCAAGAAGCCAAGGGACUAUUGCGCAGUCUGUCAUGUGAUGAGAACAAUUCCCAGCGUCUCUUGUUUGUUAUACUGAACAAGGCAGAUUUACUGGAAAACGACCACCAGAAGCAGCAGGCACAAAAAGCAGUGUGUUCUGAAUUUGGCCUCUCGCCCGAAAGAGUAGCUGUACUGUCAUGUCUUACAGGCAAUGGCCUCGACUCAUUCCUGAACCAAGUGAGCACUAUUCUUCGUUCAUUCACUGCGCGAAAUAUUCAAAAUAAUGAGUUGGCUUCCGAGAAUAGAUACAGACAAUGUUUGAAAGACUGUUGUCAACAUCUUCAAAUUGUUUUAACGCCCAAUCUCGAUGUAACUAUAAUGGCUGAAGAACUAAGACUUGCUUCCAAUUCCUUAGAAAUGAUGAUUGGUACAAUGAAUAACGAGGAAGUGCUUUCGCAAGUCUUCCAGCGGUUUUGCAUAGGUAAAUAGCAACAAGUUAUAAUGGUUUGAGUCACGUAAGUGACUCGAACCAGCCGAGGUUGGUUCAUGAAAGCCAACUCACAGAAAAAGCCUCCUCGGGUUCAUCAUAUUCCCAUUUAACAAAAUUAUGAGUAACAAAUCACUGUUCUCUUCCCA